AUGUUAUUCAAAUCUUCUGUUGAUCUUCUUAUUUACUUUUCUAUUUUAUUGAUUAUUAAUAAAUCAACUUAUUCAAAUAAAUAUUUUUCAAAACGUUUUAAACGACAAACAUCAAAUUAUCAAGUAAAAUGUUCACAGCAAAGUACCGCCGUUGAUCAAGUUAUUCAAUAUAAUAAAACUGAACAAACAAGAAAAAAACGUUUUGUUCUUUUUCCUGAAUUUGUUAAUUAUAAAGAUGAUUGGCGUUAUAUAAAUCGACCACAAGAAUUUGUUUAUUGGAUUGCAAAUUUCUAUCCGAAUAGAAUCAAUACAAGUUAUAUUCGUCAGUCUAUAAAUUAUGUUAUUCAAAACAUUAAUGCAGUUAUAGAUAACGAUAUAACCAUACAGGAAGGAGCUGAUCCAGGUGAAGCUAAUUUUCAUUUUAAUUUUUUUGAUUAUACCAAGUGUCCACUCGAUGAUAUUCCAGAAGCAACUACCGAUAAUAUUCAAAUAUUAGACACACUUUACAUCUAUUCAGCUGAGAUAGCCAGACAAAGUCGAUAUCGUGCUCAUGGUGGAAUACAUCUUGCAGAAAAUGAUAGAGCAAUAUCCACAAUUAAAUUUAACAUGCAACAAAAGUUUCUUGUUUCAGAUGAUUUUGUUUAUGAUCCAAUUAUAUAUACAUGUAUUGAAAAAACAAAUGAAUGUGAAAUUGAUUUGCAUUGGGCUUUAUUACAUGAAACAUUACAUGGAUUUGGUAUAGAGCAUACAACAAAUGCUGAAAAACCGAUUGCACCAAAUCCACAUAUGCAAUCUGUAAUGCAUUUUUCAACAUUUCGUAUGCUUUGUCACGACGAUAUACGAGCAAUACGUAUGGUUUAUAAUUUUCCUGUUAAACGUGAAAAUGCUGUCUAUGAUGAUACAUGUCGCCGUGACUUUCCAAUGACUACAUUGCAAAAAUCAAUGUUUUUAUUAGGACGAAUGUUUAUCUUAAGUAUUUAUGUAAUCGAAAUUCGCAACAAUUUGAAAAACAAACAUCAAGCAUAUCAGCAAGUUCAUGGUUAA